AUAUCAUCAUGCUGAAGUUGGUCGUACUGUGCGCCCUUGUGGCUACCGUGUUCGCCGAUUGCGGUGUCCAGGUCAUCUCACCAUCUCUGUCCAAGAUCGUCGGUGGUUCCGAGGCUGUGCCAGGAUCCUGGCCAUGGCAGGUGAUGCUCAGGAAGCGCUACUUCGGUGGUGACUACCAGUUCUGCGGUGGUACUCUGAUCAGUGACCAGUGGGUUCUUACCGCUGCCCACUGCUUCUACAACUUCGGCAACAUCAAGGCAUACUCUGCCGUCGUUGGAGCCCACGACCGUGAUGCCGUAGACUCAACCCAGUCCUCCUUCUCCUUGGAGCAGAUCUUCCUGCACGAGGACUACAACACCAACACUCUUGACAAUGACAUCACCCUCCUCAAGCUGUCCAGCCCAGUGUCAUUCAGUGAUUACGUCAACACUGCCUGUCUGCCAACAUCAGACUUCCCUGCUGGAACCAACUGCGUCGUCACCGGAUGGGGAGACCAGGAGACCGUCGUCGAUGACUCCACUCUGCAGCAAGUUGAGGUACCAGUCAUCUCGACCACCCAGUGCAACAAGCCACUGUGGUACGGUGGAGCUAUCACCGACAACAUGAUCUGCGCCGGCUACACCGAAGGACAAAAGGACUCUUGCCAGGGUGACAGCGGUGGCCCAUUCGUCUGCAAGGGUUCCUCUGGUGCCUACGAGAUUGCCGGAGUUGUAAGCUGGGGCUAUGGCUGUGCUGAUGCCCGUAACCCAGGUGUCUACGCUAAGGUCUCCAACUACAACAGCUGGAUCAACAACAUCAUCUCCAACAACUAAAUAAUCUUUACAAAUUUCAACAAAUUAAAAUAUUAUAGAUGCGGGGGGUGCCUUCAUCGAGGCAUACAAAGCAAGUUAAAAAAAAGGGAAACUUUAAAAAUUAAUGAGUCAGAAUAGACUCGGAUUCCGGGUUCCAGUUGGCCUGACUCCGUUUUGGUUAGUAUGACUCGGAAUGUGUGUCCAACUGUGUCAAGCUGACGCAGAACUCAAGUCAAAGUUGUAACUGUUACUCGGUUCAGCCUGAUCUAGAAAUUAGUCAGAUCUCUUCUGGGAACCAACACUCCGGGUCAAUUCGAACCUAGAAGUUUGAUCUUUGGAUAUAAAAAACAUACUGAAAAGCGUGGUCGUUUCAAUUCGAAUGUAGAAUGGACCUAAAUUGCAUAAUAACGUAUAUAAUAAUUUACUGUGUUCUCGUUUACUUAAAGCAAAAGGGGUUCUGUCUUUAUGAAACUGUAUUUUACAUACGAUUUACCAUGGGCAAUAAACAUACAUGAUUCAGCAAGUAGUAACAUUGUUCACUUGUGUUCUUUAUAUGUGGGUAUUUUCAUACUUUGUAUACAAAACUAAUGUUUAAACAAAAUAAUGAGGGCUACAAAAAGAUGAUCUUAAGAUGAGAAAUCUAUCAUCGAAGAUUUCAAAAUAAAUUUUAUUAACAUGUUUUUAGUACGCGGCCGCAGCGUUACACAGAUGAUGACACCACAACAUCUUGUGAAACUUCAUUACACAAUAACUUCCUCUGCACGAUUACUAAGGGAAUCAACGUCUGGAACCACUAUAAUUGUUCAAUGAUUUCUGUCAGCACAACACCUCUCCAGCUAUG